GGGAGGCGGCGGAAGUGCAGUGAUUAGCGGCAAUCCUCGAAUCAGCCCGCGAAGUUCUAAUCAGCGGACUGCGGAGGACAGUGGAUAGGCGUCCUCAUGGUUGUUUGAUUCCCUCGAGACCCGGAUUCUGAAAGGCACCCCCACCGAGACAAGGAAUUCCUGCAGAGAGAAAACUGGUGCCACAUGUUGCUAGCACUUACCUGGAGUGGCUGAAACCCUGAGAUGUUCAGAGGGAUUUGUCUGACAGACCCAAACAGCCUGCAUCUUGGCCCAGCACUGUGUCCUCUUGAAUAUUGGCUGAUAUGCCCAGGGUAGUCCUGAAUGGUGUGACAGUGGAUUUCCCUUUCCAGCCCUACCAAUGUCAACAGGAGUACAUGAUCAAGGUGCUAGAAUGUCUCCAGAAGGGAGUGAAUGGCAUCCUAGAGAGCCCCACAGGCACUGGGAAGACGCUCUGCCUCCUCUGCACUACAUUGGCCUGGCGGGAACAUCUCCGUGAUUCUGUUUCUUCCCUAAAGAUUGCUGAGAGAGUUCAAGGUGAACUCUUUGCCAGUCGGUCUUUGUCAUCCUGGAAUGCUGCUGCUACCAGUGGAGACCCGAUAGCUUGCUACACAGACAUCCCAAAGAUCAUCUAUGCUUCUAGAACGCACUCACAGCUAACUCAGGUCAUCAGUGAGCUUCGGAAUACUUCCUACCGGCCCAAGGUGUGUGUGCUGGGCUCCCGGGAGCAGCUGUGUAUUCACCCUGAAGUGAAGAAGCAGGAGAGUAACCACAUGCAGAUCCAUUUAUGCCGCAAGAAGGUAGCAAGUCGCUCCUGCCAUUUCUACAACAAUGUAGAAGAGAAAAGCCUGGAGCAGGAGUUGGCCACCCCCAUCCUGGACAUUGAAGACCUUGUCAAGAAUGGAAGCAAACACAAAGUGUGCCCAUACUACCUUUCUCGAAACAUGAAGCAGCAAGCUGACAUCAUCUUUAUGCCAUACAAUUACUUGUUGGAUGCUAAGAGUCGUAAGGCACACAACAUUGACCUGAAGGGGACAGUCGUGAUCUUUGAUGAAGCCCACAAUGUGGAGAAGAUAUGUGAGGAGUCAGCCUCCUUUGACUUGACGCCCCGUGAUGUGGCUUCAGGACUGGAGGCUAUUAACCAGGUUUUAGAGGAGCAAGCCCGGGUGGCUCAGCAGGGUGAACUCCAACUGGAGUUCAGUGCAGAUACCCCCAGCACAGGGCUCAACAUGGAGCUGGAAGACAUCGCAAAGCUGAAGAUGAUCCUGCUUCGCCUGGAGGGGGCUAUUGAUGCUGUCCAGCUGCCUGGGGAUGACAGAGGAGUCACCAAACCUGGAAGCUACAUCUUUGAGCUAUUUGCUGAAGCCCAAAUAACAUUUCAAACCAAAGGCUGCAUUUUGGAAUCACUGGACCAGAUAAUCCAGCACCUGGCAGGACGUACUGGUGUAUUCACCAACACAGUUGGGUUGCAGAAGCUCAUGGACAUUAUCCAGAUCGUGUUCAGUGUGGACCCUCCUGAAGGCAGCCCUGGUUCCCUGGUAGGGCUGGGUAUCUCACAUUCCUAUAAGGUACACAUCCACCCUGAAACCAGUCACUGGAGGACAGCUCAGCGGUCAGAUGCCUGGAGCACCACUACAUCUAGGAAACAAGGGAAGGUGCUGAGCUACUGGUGCUUCAGUCCCAGCCACAGCAUGCGUGAACUGGUCUACCAAGGAGUCCGAACCCUUAUCCUCACCAGUGGCACACUGGCUCCGCUGUCCUCCUUCGCUCUGGAGAUGCAGAUGUAUGAGACACCUCUGGCUGGAAGUCAAAAAACUAGGAACAUGGUGGAUGGGGGUGGGGAUGCUUGCCUGGACUCCAGGGCUUCCUGUGGGCCAGUGUCCAGAAGGGUCUCAGAUCUCAGGUCUAUUUGUUCUCUAUUUCCUCUGGCCAUUCCCAGCCCAUUUCCAGUCUGUCUAGAGAACCCACACAUCAUUGGCAGGAAUCAGCUCUGGGUGGGAGUUGUCCCCAGAGGACCUGAUGGUGUCCAGCUGAGCUCUGCCUAUGACAAAAGGUUUUCUAAGGAGUGCUUAUCUUCCUUGGGGAAGGCUCUGGGCAACAUCGCUCGUGUGGUGCCCCAGGGGCUUCUGGUCUUCUUCCCUUCCUACCCUGUCAUGGAGAAAAGCCUGGAGUUCUGGCGGGCACAAGACUUGGCUAAGAAGGUGGAGGUGCUGAAGCCUCUAUUUGUGGAACCCAGGAACAAAGGCAGCUUCUCAGAGGUUAUUGAUGCCUACUACCAGCGAGUUGCUUCCCCUGGGUCUAGUGGGGCUACCUUCUUAGCAGUGUGCCGAGGAAAGGCCAGUGAAGGACUGGACUUCUCAGACAUGAACGGUCGUGGUGUGAUUGUCACUGGCCUCCCAUAUCCCCCACGAAUGGAUCCCCGUGUUGUCCUCAAGAUGCAGUUCUUGGAUGAGUUGAGAAGCCGGAGUGGGGCUGGAGGUCAGUGCCUCUCUGGGCAGGAGUGGUACCAACAACAGGCAUCCAGGGCUGUGAACCAGGCUAUUGGGAGGGUUAUCCGACACCGCCAUGACUAUGGAGCCAUCUUCCUAUGUGACCACAGGUUCGCCUAUGCUGAUGCCAGAGCCCAGCUGCCCUCCUGGGUGCGCCCCUACCUCAAAGUGUAUGACAACUUUGGCCAUGUCGUCCGAGAUGUAGCCCAGUUCUUCCGUGUUGCUCAGAAAACUAUGCCUUUGCCAGUUCCCCAGGCUGUGACCUCAAGUGUAAGUGAGAGAGAAGUUUCUGUCAAGGAGGCUACAUUGUCCAGCCCUCUCCUCUCCACCCGGAAAGCCAUGAGCUUGGAUGUCCAUGUGCCCAGCCUGAGGCAGAGGCCCAUAGGAUUAUCAGCUUCUGGAGACUCUGAGAGCAGCCUGUGUGUUGAGUAUGAGCAGCAGCCAAUUUCUGCCCAGCAGAGGCCUGUGGGCCUGCUAGCCGCCUUAGAGUACAACGAGCAGAAGGGUGGGGCAUCUGAGAAAGAACAGGCACUUGGCUCCUCCACCCUGCCUCUACGGUGUGAGAAGAGGCUGUCUGUUGAGCAGAGAGGAGGAAGGAGGAAGGUCAGGCUGGUCAGCCAUCCGAAGGAACCGAUGGCUGGCACACAAGACAGAGCCAAGCUGUUCAUGGUAGCCGUGAAGCAAGCAUUGAGUCAAGCCAACUUCAACACCUUUACCCAGGCCCUGCAGCACUAUAAGGGUUCUGAUGACUUUGAAGCCCUAGUAGCUUCUCUCACCUGCCUCUUUGCUGAAGACCCCAAGAAGCACAUCCUAUUUAAAGACUUCUACCAGUUUGUACGACCCCACCACAAGCAGCAGUUUGAAGACAUCUGCUUCCAGCUAACAGGCCAAGGCUGUGGCUACCAGCAAGGGCACGACCUUCCCUUCCGAGAACAAGCACAGUCAGCUGCGGACUCCACCAGUGUAGGUAGACAGCUGGACCCUGGAGAGCACCUGAACCAGGGGAGGCCUCACCUGUCUGCCCAUCUGCUCCCUAAAGGAGACCCCAGCGAUUGUCCAAAAGUGGGAUGUACAGUAGAGAAACCUGGCCAGCCUGCCGUGAGUACCUACCUGUCUGACGUCCGCAAGGCUCUGGGAUCUGCAGGCUGCAGCCAGCUUAUGGCAGCUCUGAGGGCAUAUAAACAGGAUGAUGACCUGGGCAAGGUGCUGGCUGUGGUAGCAGCUCUGACCACUGCAAAACCUGAACACUUGUCCCUGCUACAGAGGUUUGGCAUGUUUGUGCGUCCCCACCACAAGCCUCACUUCCUACAGACCUGUGCAGAUCUGACAGGCCUUCCUACCACAAGCAAGGGCUUGGAGCUGCCAGGUCCCAAGGAAGAAAGCGUAACUGUGCCUUCUGAACUUGCCCACGAGGACACAAAACCAGGUCCCUCAAUGUCCAACAAACCUGAGAAGACCCAGAGUAAGAUCUCAUCCUUCCUCAGACAGAGGCCAGACCAGAGUGUAAGGUCUGAUGAUUGCACCCCAGAGCCCAUGAAGCCUAUGAAGCCUGAGCGGACAGCAUUUGUGUGCCCGGCCUGUGCAGCUGAAGACACCGUGCUUUUCCAGUGCCCUUCCUGUGAUUUCUACCGUUGUCGGGCCUGUUGGCAACAGCAACUCAAGGCCUCUAGAACGUGUCCAGAUUGUGGUGCUGUUAAUAGGAAGCAAAGCCUUGCACAGGUCUUCUGGCCGAAGCCCCAUUCAACCCAAAUGGAAUUGGCUAACCCACUACAAGUCUCAUACUUGACCACCUAGUGGGAUCUGAACCUACCUGUGAGAAACCCUGAAACUUCAGGGCAUGGAGUGGGUCUGCUAGAUGCCUCCUUGCCAGAGCUUUUUUUGGGUGCCUAUAUUGGCACUGUACCUGUAUUACUAAAGGGAUGGGCUUUUCAAUAAAACCAAUUGUCAAGAUGGUG